GGCUCAACAACAUAUGGCAACCAUUUUGUUGUGAACAGAAAAUCACAAACAAGAAAUUCAAAUAUUUUUUUCCAAAAUUUCUGUUUGUAAAAGAUGAAUCAGACACAAUACAAGGUAUUUAUAUAAUGUUCUUUUAUCCUUCUCUUGUUUUGUGAUAAAUAAUAGCGAUUAAUGCUCCGUUCGGUACCAUAGAAUUUUGAAAUUGUUGAAUGGCGGGCUAAGUUUAUUGGCCGUGGAUAUUCAAAUUCCUUCCCAGAUUUGAACCGGACGACAGCGCGAACAAGGCAAAUGCCUUGACCACUCUGCUACCGAGGAUUUGCUUCAAAUGGACUGAAAUUUAUUCGGCAUUUUAAAUUUAUUUUAGCAUGUUUAAAUGGCUCGGAAUAUACUUCUGUUAAUUUGACAAACUGCAUCUAAUAUUUGUCUGAUAUGAUAGUCUAUUACCAUUAUCAGGGGCAGAUCUAGCCUCAUCUGCAAGGAGGGGGCAGGUUUUCCAUGGGGUGGUGCAUGAGGCCUGAUGAGGGAGCCUUAGGCCGAAUUUUCAAGUGUAUAUCAUUAUCAAGAUUCCUACUCAAGAAACACGAAGUACUAAUGCAACCAAUGGCAUCUUACUUGAAAUAGCCAAGUGCAAGACGAUGAGCUUCCAAAACAGCUUCUACGUUAGAGUUGCCAACGUGUGGAAUACACUCCCUGUUUGAUCAGAGAAACCAACAAAACCAUGGUCUCUUUCAAAUUUUGUUUACUGCAACAUUAUAAGGAUCUCGCCAAGGAAAUUUAUAAUCCUGAAGAUCCGAGAACAUUUACAGUUGAUUUCACGAAACUUUGACCACAAAUGUUCCGAACUUCGUUGCGAAGUUCAAAAGUUCAUAAUGAGAUUUACAAACCAAUUUGUAAAGGUCUCAUUUGAUUGGCUUAUUUUACUUCAGGGACCAAUCAGGGACUUUGUUUACAAAUUGGCUUGUGAAUUCCAAAAUGAACUUGCGAACUUCGCAACGAAGUUCGGAACAUUCGUGGUCAACGUUUUGUGAAAUCGACUGUAAGUCUGUUUGUGUGAAAUGUCACCCAACUCGCCGAAUCGAGCAUGUUGUUGAUUGUAAUUUGUUGUGCUUGUUUGUCGAUCUUCAAGUCUGUCUGUUUGUUUACAAAGCCUGUUAUUGUCCAUACUGUGCAAUUUCGAAUAUCUUGGAACCCCGUUUUUGGAGAACUAAUCUCUGUGUGGCAAUUCCAGCCAUGUAAUCUAUUGUGUAACUAAUUUUGUGUAAUAGUUUGUGUUAAAUGGCAAAAUCUGUAAAAUAGAAUUCAAACAACAUCUUUAUUAUUUGUAAUUUCAGGUGGCCGAUUCUAAACGAGAAGAGUUCAGAAAGUACCUUGAAAAGGCUGGAGUACUAGAUGCCAUAACCAAAGGUACAACUCGUAUGUAGCAUUGCAUAACCAACCGGUCAUACAAGGGUCCGGAGGGUGUCCAGCCAUUUAUGUAUAGAUUUCCUAGCCCUUUUGAUAUUAAGUGAACUCACCUUUCAAGUUUAUUAAAAUGUCCCAUUUUGAUGUUUUUAGUUUUGGUGUCGUUAUAUGAAGAACCAGAGAAGCCAACAAAUGCCCUUGAGUAUCCUUUAAAGUUGCAUUGUAUCCCAAUAUGUCCCACUGUGGUCAUGCAAUUUUUUGUGUUUAUGUUAUUGUUUUUAAUGCCAGGCAAUUUUACUUGUCAUGAAGCAGCAAUUUUUGGUGUUUAACCCCUUGAGCCGCAAUGCGCCCUAUUUUUUUUGCACCUAUUUUUUCAGACGAUUUUACUCGUCAAUGGGGAAGCUCUGCAGCUUAAUGGGUUAAUGUUCAACCAUUGUUUGUUGUUAAUGCAUUGAGUAGCAUUCCAUGUUUCAUUGGUUAGUGUGAUCAAUUCCUUAACAAUUAAUUCUCAGCUAUUUGGGUCAAUUCCUUCAAAGUGGCCCACCCCAGACUGCCGACGUUGAGGAACUAAAGUUAAAUUUGGAACAAAUACAGAACCUAAAUGCACAGUUGACAAAAGAGAAUGAAGAGUUACGACAAAGAGUAAGGAGAAAUUGUCUCUUAUGGCUUGCAACUUUCUACUAGAAACAGCUCUCUAAUACAGACACAUCUCUAUAAUACAGACACAUCUCUAUAAUACAGACACCUCUCUAUAAUACAGACACCUCUCUAUAAUACAGACACCUCUCCAAUACAGACGCACCUCUCUAAUACAGACGCACCUCUCCAACACAGACGCACCUCUCCAACACAGACGCACCUCUCCAACACAGACGCGCCUCUCCAACACAGACGCGCCUCUCCAACACAGACGCGCCUCUCUAAUACAGACACACCUCUCUAAUACAGACACACCUCUCCAACACAGACACACCUCUCCAACACAGACACACCUCUCUAAUACAGACACACCUCUCUAAUAUAGACACACCUCUCUAAUACAGACACGCCUCUAUAAUACAGACACACCUCUAUAAUACAGACACACCUCUAUAAUACAGACACACCUCUAUAAUACAGACACACCUCUCUAAUGCGGACACCUCUCUAAUACCUUUAGAAGCAAGCCACAGCAGUAAUUAUAGCAUGCUCAAUACAUUUUAUCAUUGAUUUGAUUGAUAAUCUUUAAUUCUUUAUAGCUUCAACAAUACGAACCAGCUGGUGACGAUCAAGUGGUAAGCAGAUUGUUGCAAAUUCCAAAAUAUAUAACAUUGAAUUCCUGUGCUCAAAAGAAAUGUCUACUUAUAUUUUCUGAUCUCAUUUUUCUUUCACUUUAGACUCAAGAGAGUUAACAACAGUUGCAAAGUUAUUAAAAGACAGUUGCAGACUUUAAAUCUUGUAUAAUAAUGCCUUCCAUUGUACCAUGGUAUAUUAAUUAAAGAGCACCUAACUUUAUUUCUUAAUAAAUGAGACCAUCCAUUAUUUAUGAUAGGGGGUGGUGCCGAAGAGGUUUGCUUUUCUUGGUAAAAAGUUUCAUGAAUCCAACCAUUAAAAAUUCCGAAACAAAUUUACCCAACCUCAGAUAACAAUUAAAAAAAUACCUACCCUUGGCCAAAAACAUUACAAAAGGAUACCAUUCAGUUGUCACACAUGUCCUUUGCCACUUCUGUGACAUGAGUUUGAUAACUGCUUGUGCAAUUUUCUGCAGUCUAAAGUUUCAUGUUGUCUGCACAUGUACUUUCUUUGGAGACACCAUUUGCCUCUUGACAAAUCAGAAAAUGAUCAAGAUAGUGACUCUGAUUGAUUUACAUACUGUAUUGACUAGACUUUCCCAAAGUCCUUUCCAGUUUUCGCGGUUCGUAAGUACGAUCUCGCGCGCGCGCUAUUCGAGAUCGAGUGACUGUUGCUUUUUAGUCUUCAAUAUAUGAGAGAGUAUAUCAAUAUAUGAGAGAGUCAUGCUUUGGAAAUGACAAUAAAUUUUUAUUACCCAACCCUUGAGUUGUUUUGUUUUUCAUUUACCCAACCUUUUACUCACUCAAAAUUUUGUUUACCCAACCCUUUUCUCUUGGAAAAAAGUGCGAAAAUCUUCAAAAUAAGUUCCAUUAUCAUUUCAAAAAUUCUUAAAAAUGAGAUGAUAAAAAAAUUGAGGUUAGGUGUACUUUAAUAUAUGG